AUGUUGCCCCAUCCAACUUCCUUACAGUUAUCCAGCAAACUUCAAGCUCUAAAAAUACCCACCCAGCACGCCCCGAAUCACCAAAAUGACACUGAUCCAUCAGCAACUGCGUGUCUGAAUGCCUGGAAAGAAGAAACAACGAGAGUUCUUGAGGAGUUAAAAGAUCUUAUUCACCAAACCGAAUUUACGCGUCUCGCGAAUACGGAUAUGGCUGAACAAGUGGAACUCAUAUCUGUAGUCGCGCGGUUCGAAGAGGAAAACGCGUCAUGGACCACGCCCCGGACGAAGGCGUUGGCUGUGGAGAUUAUGCAGGUUUUCUCUGAACCUACCAUCGCUGUCGUCACAGAAGUUUUGAUUCGACAUAUCAAGCCGGUAUUUCAAAGGAAUCCUCAUCCAUCAUUGAACAUAUCGACAGGAAGAAAGUUACAUAGACAAGCGGGUGGUAUCAUGGCCUCGCAAGAUUUCUAUGAAAAUCAAGAUUGGAAAGAUAAUGUUGGGCUGCCCACGUUAGUUUCUUGGUGUGUUCGACAUAUAAAGGAGACGGACUACAGUCGUGUAUGGCACCUGGUUAUACCGCCAAUAAUGACGAUGAUAGAUGACUAUCAGGUUCCGUACAAGUUGAGAGGAGUUGUGAUCGUCUCCCAACUACUUGAACGGGUUCCGCAAGAUCUUCUCAAGAGAACAGGGAUCGACGGUCUUAUUCUUAAAGCUCUGAACAAUUGCUUGGGUCACUUUGACCACGAAUGCUCUCCGAGUCUAAUCCGCUUAGCGAUUAAUGCUUCCUUGUCGUUAAUCAUGUUGGCCACAACGUCAGGGUCAUCCGCGCGUUUUGAUCAACUUUGUGCUUUGCUAGGUGACGGAGUCAUUGGCACAAUUUGGCUUUAUGGUGAUAGGAAACCAGACGUCAUCCGUGCAUCGAUAGAGGCCCUUCCUCCACUCAUCCGCGUUCUCAAAGUUGGAGCAGCCCGUUACCUCAAGGCCCUUAUACCUCAACUUGUCCACCCAUUAUGCCCUUCCCCAUUUGGUAGUCCGAAUGUGAAGUUGCAGAUCAGCUCUUUGGAUGCACUUGCGACGAUUCUUGAGUUCUGUUCACCCCGAAUAAAUGACUGGAAAUGUACGAUUUUGGAUGGUGCCGCCCGGUGUUGGGUCUUUAUUAUGGAGAAGAAAUGGGACAUAGACGAAUCUGAAAGGGAAGAAUUGAAAAUCCGACUUCGAACGGUAUGCGGAAUGUUGGCAAAGAUAUGCCCCUCGGUUGUACAGGUCGAGUUCGAAAGCUUAAUUCAAUGUGACCAUGCUCUAUUUCACGACCUGCUUCUUUGA